AUGAAGCCUCAGCUCGUCUUCCCCGCGGUGCGCAGGGUCGUCCCUGUGGUGGGGGGCAACCUGCUCUUCCCCGUCCGCCGCGUGUACUGUGUUGGGCAAAACUACGCCGACCACGCGAAGGAGAUGGGCGGCGCGGUGUCGAAGGCCAACCCAUUCUUCUUCAGCAAGCCCCCCGAUGCCGUCGUGAGCGACGAGACGAACCACACGCCGGCGAUGAGCGUAACCGCGCGGAUCGCGCCACAGACGGCGAACUACCAGCACGAAGUGGAGCUCGUUGUCGCCAUCGGCGACCCCCGCGUCGGCGCGGCGUCGUACCGGGCGCUGUCGCCUUGUGAAGCGCAGCGCAUUAUUUACGGCUACGCGGUCGGUCUCGACAUGACACGGCGUGACAUGCAGCUGGUGGCGAAGCAGAACGGGAAGCCGUGGGACCUCGCAAAGGGAGCCGACGAGAGCGCGCCGCUCUCCGCUAUCAUGCCGGUAGAGCUGUUGCGGCAGAAGGCCUCCGCACUCUUCUACGCGAGCGAUGAGGUGUGCAAAGAGAUGGCGCCAGAGAGCAGUGGCACAGCAAUGCCCUCUGUGCUUCGGCGCGGCGGCAUCGAGUUGUGUGUGAACGGGGAGCGUCGACAGAAGGGCGACUUGUCGUCCGUUGUUACCCCAAUUGAUGAGCUUAUUUCUAUCCUGUCGCACGCCGUCGAGCUGGCGCCGGGCGAUCUCGUCUUCACAGGCACCCCGUCGGGUGUCUCCGCUGUGAAGCCUGGCGAUGUGAUCAAGGCGGCCUUUGAGGGCGUCGGGGAGAUCACCGUGAAUUUGCAGUAA